AUGGAUCCGGCAACGAUUGUCCAAAAUGUAACAAAUACCACAGCGGAUUCUGUAGAACCAACCCCUGCGGGUUUAUUCUUGUCGUCCACAGUUCUAUUUCUUUUAGCUUUAGGACCUAUUUUCUUUGGGUCCUUGAGGUCUAAAGCACCACAAAACGAGAGCGAUGUUGAGGUUGUGACGUCACGCAAUGCUGCAGUAUUUCCGAUCUACGCUAGUGGUGCCCUCUUUGGAAUUUAUAUCGUUUUCAAGGUACAUUUUUCUGGCUAUUGGUAUUUGGUACUUCGCUACACGUGUAGGUUUGCAAUGUUUUUACUAUUCAUCCGAUCCCCUCAUUGGAUUGCCAAUGAUUGUAUAGCCUACAGUCUAGCCAUUUUGGCCAUUGAGUAUAUAAAGCUCAACAAAUUUGUCAAUGGAUGUCUGCUUCUGGGUGGUCUGUUCUUCUAUGACAUUUUUUGGGUUUUUGGAACGCCUGUAAUGGUAUCUGUGGCGAAAUCUUUAGAGGCUCCAAUCAAAAGUAAGCAGAUUGUAUUCAUAAACCGUCUUCAUCAUAGUAGGUUGUCCCUUCCUGCUUGA